AUGCCCCCAAUGACACAGACCGACAAGACAACCAGACAGUCUUCCUCCAGUAAGAGUUUCUUCCGACGCCAUCGAGACAACAAAGUAGACAGUCGCUACGAGGCAAGUGGCGGACUCGAAUCCACCAACGCCGGUGGCUCUUGGGGUUCGCGGCACUCGAAGAGGGAGUCGGUCGUCUCGAACGACGGCCAGGAUGCCGAUUCCUCUGGCCUGGCCAUGACCGCUGGAGUCAUCACCUCCAUCCCCUACUCGACGACGUCGGACUCACAUGCGCCCAUAUCGGUCGAAUAUUUACCGCGGGACGAUCAGGUACCAACCAGAAGAGAGCCUCAACCACACCAACUUGCGCGAGGAUCCGAUUUUCAUCAGUAUCCUGCCUUCAACGGUGCUGCCAAUGGUGCAUCUCACCCAACCGGGCCUCGCCCGCCUCCACAUUCCUCCAGUGUGAACGGGGUUACAAUGGCGACAAGCCAGGGGGGGGAUCGGGGAACCAAAUAUCAGCAAUGGGGGAGGCCGGGCAGCAGUAACGGAGCGCAGCACGGGACGUACGAUUCCGUCUCGACUAAUGACUCCUAUGCAGGGCAGAGAAGGUCGUUUGAUGGCGCCAGUAUCAAGUCAACUGCGUCGUCCGCAACGAGAGGGUCUAGCCUCUUCUCGUCCGAGAGCUCUUCUAGAACGGCAGUACCGUCACGCCAGGAUUUGGACUCUCCAGUCACGGUCAUCUCUCCCACCCAUUCGAGACUCUCCAAACUCACCUCCCAUUCCGGCUGGCCGGCGCAGCAAUCUUCACCCUUCAGCUCAACCGCCUCCUUUACUCCCGCCGGCUUCUAUCUUCCCAAGCCGCAGAGUGAUGCUGAGGUUGAAAAGUUGUUUCUCCAACUUAUGCAUAAGCGUGGCUGGCAAAAUCUUCCCGAGCAAGCCAAGCGGCAAAUGAUGGCAUAUGCCCCUGCCAAAAAAUGGACUCUGGUUCACCAAGACAAAUUGACGGAGUGGCAGGGCGAGCAGAAAAGGAGACAGCAAGCGAGACAGACCGGCACCAUCGACGGGACCAUUGCCCGCGAUGUCGACGGCACACCCGAGUGGUAUGUGCGGAGAAUUGUGGACAACACUAUUUCGUCGAAACAGCUCCAGAGCUUGAGUGUCAGUCUACGUACUCAACCGAUCAGUUGGGUCAAGGCGUUCAUCGAGGCCCAGGGACAAAUAGCGUUGACCAAUGUGCUGAUGAAGAUCAAUCGACGUCAAGCCAACGGACCAACUCCGAUGAACACCACCACCUCGGCCGAUAAAGAUCUCGACCGGGAAUAUGACAUUGUCAAGUGUUUAAAGGCGCUGAUGAACAACAAAUACGGCGCUGACGAUGCCUUGACCCAUGAGCAGAUCCCAGUGGCUCUGGCAACAUGUCUCAUAUCUCCGCGCCUCACUACGAGAAAACUGGUCAGCGAAGUCCUGACCUUUCUCUGUCACUGGGAGGAAGGCGAGGGCCACCUCAAGGUGCUCCAGGCUAUGGAUCAAGUCAAGAAUAUGAUCAACGAAAAUGGCCGUUUCGAUGCCUGGAUGCGCAUCGUCGAAGUCACGAUCGACGGCAGAGGCAAAAUGGGCAGCCUUGUGGGAGCGAGUGAAGAGGUCCGGAGCGGCGGCAUAGGUAUGGAAAAUCUCUUGAUGGAGUAUGCUGUCGCAACAUUGGUUCUCAUCAACAUGCUGGUGGAUGCUCCUGAAAGGGACUUGCAACUGCGAUGCCAUAUCCGGGCUCAGUUCAUCGCUUGUGGGAUCAAGCGGAUCCUGGUUAAGAUGGAGUCCUUCCAGUACGAUGUCAUUGACAAACAGAUUACGAAGUUUCGCGAGAAUGAAGCUAUCGACUAUGAGGAUCUACUACAACGCGAAGGAAGCAGCAUGGUGGACAGCAUUGAGGGCGAAGUGAAGGAUAUGACGGAUCCUAUCCAAAUCACCGACGCAAUCAUGUCAAAGAUCCACGGCACAAGGACUCAAGACUAUUUCAUCUCGGCCAUGCAACACAUGCUUAUACUCCGUGACAACAACCCAGACGAGCGAUUGAGAAUGUUUCAGCUGAUGGAUUCGAUGCUCAGCUACGUGGCUAUGGACAGAAGAUUGCCGGACAUGGACCUUAAACAGAGCUUGACCUUCACCGUUCAAAGCCUGCUGGACCGACUACAUACGGACGAAGAAGCUCGGAUUGCCUUUGACGAAGCCACGGAAUCGAGGCAAAUUGCCGAAGCGGCCAUUGCUGAACGGGAUGAGAUGGCGGCGCAGAUUGCCCUUGGUGCUGAUGGCCUGGUCGAUAAACUACAAAAGCAAAUCGAUGAGCAGGCAGGUAUCAUCGAGAUGCAGGCCCGGCAAGCCGAGUCUCUCAAGUCCGAGGUGGCCGAACUCCAACGACUCCGGGCCCAGGAACUUCAGAGGAAUGAACUGGAAACGAGGGAGCUGUACUUGAUGCUUCGGGAUGCCCAAGAUGUUGCCGCUUCCCGAGCUGCCAAAGGGGGGGGAGCCGCAGUCCAAGAUCCGACUCAAAUGCAGGGUAUCUUGGAUCGAGAGAGGUUGAUGGAGCGGCUAGAGCGGAAUCUGGAGCGAACCAAAACCCAGUUCAAGCUCGAAGGGAAAGUCUGGGGCCAGACGGGACCCUCGGAUCGACUUAGGGAGCUACGCGAACAGAUGGACGAUGCACUCGAUGCCGAUUUCCAGGAAAAGACACAACGGCAUCUCACUAAUAGUGUUAUGGGAAGCGUGCACAGGAGUAACGCCCACAAGGGACCUCGGAGAGCUGCUCUGGAGGCUUUGGCGAAUAGUGAGGACGCCAACUAUGACACGGAUGUUGAAGAGGAGGUCGUUUAUGAGAAGCCUCGCCUGGUCGAAUUUUCAAGACCCAAGAUCAGCGCAGACCAACAAGCAAGCCUUCUCAGCGAGAUCACUUCAAGGGUCAAGAAGACGGACGACGACAGUGAUGACAAUUCACCAGAAGGCGACGAUGCUGGCGUUACCACGGGCCCUACGCAUCCAAGUCUCGAGUCCGAAUCGCCGCGAACACCUCCGGAUGAGGUACAAUUGGAAGCACAAUUCAACGGGCCUCCUCCUCCGCCCCCGCCUCCGCCGCCUCCAUCAGACUCUUCGACGCCAGCACUCAUUCCCGGAUUUGAGACUGGUGCUCCUCCUCCUCCUCCUCCUCCUCCACCACCACCACCGCCUCCACCUCCUGGUGGGAUGCCUCUUUCUCCAGCCACACCAUCAGCACCGGGUUUCACGGGAGGCCCGCCACCUCCUCCCCCGCCACCCCCUGGAUCACUGCCCAUGAGCCCGGUAUCGCCCAUACCUCCUCCACCAGGUGCUCCACCCAUGCCGGGCGCGCAACAUGGCCACUUCAUGCCUCUAUCACCGGUCGCGCCCAUACCCAUGCUAAAGAACGCCGUCAUGCGUCCAAAGAAGAAACUCAAAGCCUUCCACUGGGACAAGGUCGAUACGCCUCAAAUCACAGUUUGGGCAGAGAGUGCCAAGGCUGAAUCCCGAGAGGAAAAGUACCGUGAGUUGCAACGAAAGGGUGUCCUCGACGAGGUAGAGAAGCUCUUUAUUGCAAAGGACGUCAGGAUCAUCCGAGGCGGCGCUGGCAAGGGCAAGGACGAAAAGAAGCAGAUUAUCAGCAACGACAUGAGGAAGAACUUCCACGUCUCCAUGGCGAAGUUUAAGAACGACUCAUCUGAUGAUGUUGUACGAAAGAUCAUCCAUUGUGACAGAGAGGUGCUCGACAAUAACGUGGUGAUGGAUUUCCUCCAGAGAGAGGAUCUCUGCAACAUACCGGAAAACAUUGCCAAGUUGAUGGCGCCGUACAGCAAGGACUGGACAGGGCCGGAUGCCGUGCAUUCGAAGCGCGAACAGGAUCCGUCGGAACUAACAAGAGAAGACCAGAUUUACCUUCAGACUGCGUUUGAACUGCACCAUUAUUGGAAGGCCAGGAUGCGCGCGCUCGCACUCACGAGGUCGUAUGAGCACGAAUACGAUGAGAUCUCUGGCAAACUCAAGCAAGUCGUCGACGUCUCCGAAGCCAUUCGCGACUCUACUUCGUUGAUGAGUGUGCUGGCCCUCAUCCUAGACAUUGGAAAUUACAUGAAUGACUCGAACAAGCAAGCGUCAGGAUUCAAGCUGAGUUCACUGGCACGCCUCGGCAUGGUCAAGGACGACAAGAACGAGACUACUUUUGCCGACCUUAUUGAGCGUAUUGUUCGCAACCAGUACUCUCAAUGGGAAGUCUUCGUCGAGGACAUUGCGGGUGUUGUGAUUGCCUCGAAGCUCAACGUGGACCAGUUGCUCCAGGAUGCGAAGAAAUACAUCGACAACAUCAAGAACGUGCAAGCCUCGCUCGACGCCGGUAAUCUGAGUGAUCCUAAGAAGUUCCAUCCUCAAGACCGUGUUGCCCAAGUUGUACAAAGGUCCAUGAAGGAUGCGCGGCGGAAAGCGGAACAACUUCAGCUUUUCCUAGAAGAGACAUCAAGGACUUACGAUGACAUAAUGACCUACUUUGGUGAGGACAAUCUCGAUGAGAAUGCUAGACGAGAUUUCUUCAGCAAGCUGGCCGGCUUCGUGACAGAGUGGAAAAAGUCACGGGACAAGAACAUGACCCUGGAAGAGAAGAAGCGGCGUCUCGAGGUGAGCAUGGCUAGAAAGAGAGCCCAAGUCUCUACGAAUGCCAGCGGUGGAGCGAGCGGGUCAGAAACCCCAGGCAGCCCACCAGCCAAUGGGGCCAUGGAAACCCUCCUUGAGAAGCUUCGGGCUGCUGCACCACAGGUGAAAGACCAACGCGAUCGACGGCGACGGGCUAGAUUGAAGGAGCGACAUGAUCAAAGAAUUGCUAGUGGCCAACAACUACCUGAUCUGCCGGUCAAGGAAGGCCUGGAAGAAGACCAGACUCUCGAGAGCGUGGGGGAAAAGCCCAAUGAGGACAGCCUCAGUCCGGAAGACGGCACCACUCGCAAAGGGGAUGUAAGCGAGAGCGAAGACGUUGCUGAUCGAGCCUUGAAGGCUCUCCAGGAAAUGAGAAGUUCUGCUCCGUCGGCUGGGGAGGAAAUCGACGUUCGAAGACGAAGGGAAGGGGCGGACGAGGAGCGGAAAAACCGGAGGAUGAGACGACGGACGGCACAUCAGAGCAGUACUAUCGCCAAAGAUUCUGUCCCUCUCCAGCCACCAGUCGAGGCCCAAGGAGACGAGCCUGCCGGUGAUAAACGCGCAUCCAACCCCGACGGUACCGAUGGCAACACCUCGACAGAUGACAAACGGUCAUCUGGAGCCACUUUGAGCCCGGUGUGGACCCAGCCGCCGCCAGCCAUCAUUGUCAGUUCGACGCCGGAUGACGAGCCUUCCCAAGAGGCUGGCCAGACAAAGAGUGAAGACGACGCAGGUACAAGAGUUGGGAGUGAGACGUGA